GGCGUUCCCGUUACGCCGCCGAGCCGGGAGCCGGAGCCCGAGCCCGCGGCCGCAGCGGGAAGCGGCGCGGGGCCCGGCGGCGGCGGCGGGGCCUGCGGGGCCUGCGGGCGCGCGCCGGGCCGGCCAGGGCGGCCAUGGCGACCAGGAAGGCGGGCUCGCGGCUGGAGACGGAGAUCGAGCGCUGCCGCACCGAGUGCCAGUGGGAACGGAUCCCCGAGCUCGUCAAGCAGCUGUCGGCCAAGCUCAUCGCCAACGAUGAUAUGGCUGAACUUCUCCUGGGGGAGUCGAAGCUGGAGCAGCACUUGAAGGAGAAGCCCCUGCGGCAGGGAGCCAGUCCCAGGGGUCCCAGACCCCAGCUGACUGAAGUGCGCAAGCAUCUGACCGCUGCCCUGGACCGAGGGAACCUCAAGUCAGAAUUCCUACAAGAGUCCAAUCUGAUCAUGGCCAAGUUGAAUUAUGUGGAAGGAGAUUAUAAAGAAGCCCUGAAUAUCUAUGCCCGGGUGGGCCUCGAUGACUUGCCACUGACGGCCGUACCUCCCUACAGGUUGCGGAUGAUCGCGGAGGCCUAUGCUACCAAAGGACUUUGUUUAGAGAAGCUGCCUGUCUCAUCCUCUACCAGUAAUCUCCAUGUGGACCGGGAACAGGAUGUCAUCACCUGCUAUGAGAAAGCUGGGGACAUCGCACUCCUGUAUCUCCAGGAGAUAGAAAGGGUGUUACUAACUAAUAUUCAGAACAGAAGCCCUAAGCCUGGCCCUGCUCCCCACGAUCAAGAACUAGGUUUUUUCCUAGAAACAGGACUUCAGAGAGCCCAUGUCCUCUAUUUCAAAAAUGGGAUAGAUGUGCAUGAAGACCAACAGAACUUGACGAGAGGAGUUGGGAGAUUUCGGGAGCUUCUCAGAGCAGUGGAAACAAGGACAACACAGAACCUUCGAAUGACAAUAGCCAGGCAGUUGGCAGAAAUCUUAUUACGGGGCAUGUGUGAGCAGAGCUACUGGAACCCCCUGGAGGAUCCCCCCGGCCAGUCACCCCUGGAUGACCCUCUCCGGAAAGGAGCAAACACCAAAACCUACACACUCCCUCGCAGGGCCCGUGUCUACUCAGGAGAGAACAUUUUUUGUCCUCAAGAAAAUACUGAAGAGGCACUGCUGUUACUGCUCAUUAGUGAAUCUAUGGCCAACCGAGAUGCUGUGCUGAGCAGGAUUCCUGAGCACAAGAGUGACCGCCUCAUCAGCCUGCAAAGCGCGUCUGUGGUCUAUGAUUUACUGACCAUUGCUCUCGGAAGAAGAGGCCAGUAUGAGAUGCUGUCAGAGUGCUUAGAAAGAGCCAUGAAGUUCGCCUUUGAGGAGUUCCACCUCUGGUACCAGUUUGCUCUGUCUCUGAUGGCUGCUGGAAAGUCUGCCCGCGCUGUGAAGGUGCUGAAGGAAUGCAUCCGGCUAAAGCCAGAUGAUGCCACCAUCCCACUCCUGGCAGCCAAGCUCUGUGUGGGUUCCCUUCACUGGUUGGAAGAGGCUGAGAAGUUUGCCAAAACUGUCGUUGAUGUGGGAGAGAAAACAUCAGAAUUCAAGGCCAAAGGCUACCUGGCUCUGGGGCUCACGUAUAGUCUGCAAGCCACUGAUGCUUCCUUGCGAGGGAUGCAGGAGGUCCUGCAGAGGAAGGCGCUUCUUGCAUUUCAGAGGGCCCAUAGCCUGUCACCUACAGAUCACCAAGCAGCUUUCUACCUGGCUCUGCAGCUCGCCAUCUCCAGACAGAUUCCAGAAGCUCUAGGGUAUGUCCGUCAAGCUCUUCAACUCCAAGGUGAUGAUGCCAACUCCCUGCACCUCCUUGCUCUCCUGUUGUCGGCCCAGAAGCAUUACCACGACGCCCUCAACAUCAUCGACAUGGCCCUAAGUGAAUACCCAGAAAAUUUUAUACUACUGUUUUCCAAGGUGAAGUUGGAGUCACUCUGCCGGGGCCCAGAUGAGGCGCUGCUCACCUGUAAGCACAUGUUACAGAUAUGGAAAUCCUGCUACAACCUCACCAAUCCCAGUGACUCUGGACGUGGGAGCAGCCUCUUAGAUAGAACCAUCGCGGACAGACGACAGCUUAAUACAAUCACAUUGCCAGACUUCAGUGAUCCUGAGACAGGCAACUCUCCAGAAGCACACUUUCAUGGCUUCCCCUCCCUCUUUUCAGUUAGCUCUGUCCAUGCCACAUCAGUAGCAGCCUCAAGAGUGGAGCAAGCCUUGUCAGAAGUGGCCUCGUCUCUGCAGAGCAGUGCCCCCAAGCAGGGCCCACUGCAUCCCUGGAUGACACUGGCACAGAUCUGGCUCCAUGCAGCUGAGGUCUACAUUGGCAUUGGAAAGCCUGCUGAAGCCACAGCCUGUACCCAAGAAGCUGCCAACCUCUUCCCGAUGUCCCACAAUGUGCUAUACAUGCGGGGCCAGGUUGCUGAGCUUCGGGGAAACUUCGAUGAGGCCCGGAGAUGGUAUGAAGAAGCCUUAUCCAUCAGCCCCACCCAUGUGAAGAGCAUGCAACGACUGGCUCUGGUCCUUCACCAGCUGGGCCGCUACAGUCUAGCUGAGAAGAUCCUCCGGGAUGCAGUGCAGGUGAACUCAACAGCCCACGAGGUCUGGAACGGGCUGGGUGAGGUCCUCCAAGCUCAGGGCAACGACGCAGCAGCCACUGAGUGCUUCCUGACGGCCUUGGAGCUGGAGGCCAGCAGCCCUGCUGUACCUUUCACUGUCAUCCCCCGAGUGCUCUGAGAGGGCCACCCACCUCACCUGCCACCCAGGCCCAGGAUGCUCCGUCCAGGCUGUCAGGGGCCAUCCUCUCACCCAGUGGAUGGAUCUGCAGUACCGAGGCCCUGGAUGGAUGUUUGACCACGGAGGAAUAACCACGCCAACCCUGAAUCAUCGCUCACCCCUCUUGCAUUCAUUCAUUCUUGUUUUUGCCAGAUCCAUGAUCAUUUUCUGAAUCUACUGAUGUCAUUCAGAGUGGAUUAUGUGCCAUAUUCCGUUAUUGUCACCUGGGUCUGAAGUAAGAUGAUUAUGGACUUAAUCAGCGAAUGUAGAAGAAUCUGUUCCAGGGUCAACUUCAGUGGCAGGACAGAUUAUUUUUAUCAGUGCUGUAAUGAAAGCGACUGCCCUGUCCUCUGUCCCCUCCGCCAUCUCUCCCGCCCCUCCCUUGUCCCCAAACCAAAUGUGAAUUUUCUGUUUCCCACCCACUCGUCCAUGCCAGGACACCGGCCGACACGCCUCGGUUCCUUGUCAGCAGUUGUACCAUGUGGUGAAUUACUGUUCCUCUACCGUUCUCCUAGAGCAAAGCUUGAGUCUAAGAAUAUUUAUAUUUUACCAAUAUAUGGCUGUUACAAGAGAAGGAAAUAUGAGUUAUUUAAGUUUAACUUUUUUAUGUGAAUUCAGAGUUUAUUUAUCGAUGGAAAUAUGUACAAAGAAGCUUCAAAUGGAAUAUUUACUGACAUUCCUUAUACAUGACAGACACUUGGCUAAACAGGAAGAUGAUGUUAAUAAAAAAAAAUGAUUUUUAAAUGGA